GACUGGCUUUGACCCCCGCCCCCACUGCUCUCGGUCGAGAUGGAGCUGCCGAGACGGCCCCCGGGGGUAGGAUCGGUCCUUUCGGUACUGGAUAUGCACACGGGUGGUGAGCCGCUCCGGAUCGUCACCGGCGGCUUCCCCCCGGUGCCGGCGGGCGACCUCCUCAGCAAACGGCGCUACGUGCGGGAGCGGCUGGACGGCCUGCGGCGGAGGCUGAUCUUCGAGCCCCGCGGCCACAGGGACAUGUACGGGGCGCUGCUGGUGGGCUCCGAGCGGCCGGACGCUCACCUCGGAGUCCUCUUCAUGCACAACCAGGGCUACAGCACCAUGUGCGGGCAUGCCGUGCUGGCCCUCGGCCGCUACGCCCUGGACUACGGGCUGAUCAAAGAGCCCAGCUCCCCCGAAACACAGGUCAAUAUCCACUGUCCCUGCGGCCUAGUCCGGGCUUUCGUCCAGUACCACAAGGGCAAGAGCGGGCGGGUCCGCUUCCACAGCGUCCCCGCCUUCGUCUUCGCUACAGAUGUUACUGUUGAUGUACAAGGAUAUGGGAAGAUUGCAGUGGAUAUUGCAUAUGGAGGUGCUUUUUAUGCAUUUGUGAGCGCAGAUCAUUUUGGUUUAGACGUUUGUUCCUCCAGGACCCGGGAUCUUGUAGAUGCAGCAGUAGCUGUCACUAAUACUGUGAAAACACAUGUUAAGCUCCACCACCCUGACAGUGAAGAACUUGCUUUCUUGUACGGGACUAUAUUAACUGAUGGAAAAGACGCAUUUUCAGAAGAGCCAACGGCAAAUAUUUGUGUUUUUGCAGAUGCUCAGGUUGACAGAAGUCCUUGUGGCUCAGGUGUGACAGCUCGUGUUUCACUGCAGUACCACAAAGGAUUGAUACCUCUGAAUCAAACGAGGACAUUUCAGAGCGGUCCAACAAGCUCACUGUUCACGGCAAAAGCUGUAGAGGAAGCUAAGUGUGGCGAUUUUAAAGCUGUUAUAGUGGAAAUAUCAGGACAAGCACAUUACACAGGAACAGCAAGUUUUUAUGUGGAAGAUGAUGAUGAUCUGAAAGAUGGAUUUCUGCUCCGAUAAGAAUUUUUAAAAAGUCAGUUGUCAUUAAGAAUCAAACGGGUAUUUUAAAAACAUUAAUUUCUAAACUUCCCAUCUUUCUAAAUGCAAUUUAGCAUUCUUAAUUUGAAUCUUAUUAUCUCGAUGGCAUUGAGUUAUUCUUGUAUAAUUGUUUGUGUCAUGUGUUUAGUAAUGGUUAAUCAUGAGUUAAAUAUUUACAAUGUGCCAUGAACCAAUUACGUAUUUCACACCAGAAAUGUUUCAUACUGAGUAAAUCUAUCUGGUAUUUCAGUCUGAACAAAGUGCUUUCCUGUUAAUGGCGUUAAUUGUACUUAAGUGUAUCAUGCAAUGCAACUCUGUGCACUGUUAAUUGUGAGGAUACAGUGUAGGCAGACAAAGAUGCUAGUCUGCAAAAUAUUUCUAAUGGCUUUGAAUCACAAUAUACUUAUGCUUCUAUUGAAGUUAUUAAUCAGAACAUCUGACGAUGUAUGAAAACAUAGGAUCUAUAAAUCACUGCCUUCUCGGAUCACCACAAACUUUUUAAAAUUGUUAUAACCUGAAAUUUCUAUUAACUUAGUUUUAACGUUUAAUCAUUGUUAAUCUAUUAUGCAUAAUUCUGUAUCUCACUAUUAGGUAAAUUAGAUGUCUGUUUUGUAUGAUUUUAAUUUGAGUCUGAUGCUGGCAAAUCUGGCCAAUCUGUUACAAAGUUAUUUGUGAUAUUUGAUUUAAUUUUAUUUAAUUAAAGCUUUGGAGAACAAUAAAGUACAUUGCAAAACUAAAUGCAUUAGAAUUGGAUAUUGUGAUAUGAUAUUUAUGAUGGUUGCUGCACAGGGCUCUCAAAUUUAACGUUUCCUGUACUUUUGAGCAGCAACUUUAUAAUGUCCUGCAUUUUGUUCAGACUUGCAUACAAAUCAAUUUCUGAACAUUCAUAACCCAGGGACUGCCUGUACAAUACAAAGCCAGAUUAAGUGAACCAUAAAAUUGGUCGCAUAUUGUCCAAAGUAUUGAGAAUCAGCUUCAUAUUGAGAUUGAAAUGCUGUGACAAGUAGAAAACCAUAUUUAGGCGUAGUAUAUGGUCAAAAUAGUUAUAACAUUAUUCAAAAGCUUCUAAUAAAUCAAAAUCUCAUUUAUAAAUUUGCUCAAUACUAACCUGCUUUCUUAUUGGACAUAGAUGGAUUUUGAUAAAGCCAUUCAGUAAUAUAUUGGCAUAACCUUAAACAGGAGAACAAUUAACAUUACAAUUCAAAGGUAUAACAAUACAAGUUGAACACAGAAUUUCACAUGGGGUAAAUCUUCUGAUACUUCUGUUAAAUGUUCAAAUAUCAUCAAGUGCUUCACAGGUAAAAUUGUCAGUUCAGUGUUGCGUCGACCAAUAGAUUACAGGUUUCAUACCAAAUGAGUAUGUUGUUUAUAGAAUCCUCGAUUAAUAAAGUGAAAACGUACUGGUCUCUUGCACAUUCCUAAUUUUGAUAGAGAGAGCAUCAUUGUUCAUGUUUUGAGCAGCCUGAGCCCUAAGCUGUGGAAUUUCCUUCAUAAAAUUCUCCACCU